CGAAUAGGUAGGCAGUCGAGAUUAUCAAUGAUUGCGGGUUUAGUUGAGGGGAUUUAGUUAGGAUUCUCUUUCGCCUUUUUCGAUUGUCCAUCGUCGCUGCCGCGCUUAUUCGUUACGUCUUCCCGCGGGAAUCGGGUGCGAGGAUGACCGGGAGGACGUCACUGGUGGAACAGAAGAGACUCCAGUGGGCGAGGGAAAGGGACGAGAAGUAUUUUUUUAUCUAUACAGAAGAAAUGGCUCGUCUUGGCGUUAAUUGGGGAACCCUGAAGUCUAAUAGCAAUUACAACCGCACCCAUAUCCGUACUUACUCCAACGAAGCCCGAUUGUCUUUGGGGGAAAUAAAGGAUAGACCUUCGGCGCAACCCUUCCGUACUACCGGACAUUACGGGAGCACCAUCAGUCUGAAAAGUCUGGCAACGGAAAGUUCCGGGAAUGGCAAUAGCAACCUCAAGUGUCUUGACUAUAGCGGCGGCAGUUUAAUUAAUCUUCGGGACCAGGUGGAGACUUCGCCAGUCAGACGCAGGAGCCCCAGUCUACCUCCGAUUUUCAACAAGGAGCAACAGCAGUAUUUCUGUCAGCUGGAACAACAGCAGCGUGACUUCGGCGUGGAGGGAUCGCGAUACCAGUCACAGAAAUCGCAAAAACUGGAACACCGUCGCCAUCGAUCCAACGAGCAUCGCGAGAGCCAAAAAGAGGCACGACAUUACGGCUCGCCGGGCGAGGAGCGCGAAGGCGAGACUUCCGGUUACGCCAGCGAUUCCGUGGAUGUGCCACAGGCAGGGCAAAGAGCUUUACCUGACAAAGCAGCAAGCAGGAUGGAAAUGACGGAGAAAACGUGGCAAAAUCCUUACUGCACCACCCCUGAAAGUUCACUGCCACCAUCGAGGAGGCUCUCGCCGGGCAGAAUGGGUGAACUCAACAGGCCAAGGUGGGGCAGUGUUUGGGGUCAAGACGCAGCGAGAGGCGACCCACCGCCGCCCUCUUGGCUAUCAAGAUUAGGACAGUCGAGCCAAGUUCUGGUAAUCAAUCACGACAGCGCGAGUAGCCCGGACAGUUCAACGACUGGCUCGACCGGCUCUGACAUCAAUAAAGUAUCUUACCUUCGGGGUCAGAAUAUUCCAGUGGACGCGCAGAUUCUUCAGGAACGGGAAACGAGACGGCAGAAAGCGCUGGAACUUCAGACUGCCAUCAAGCAGCAGCUCGAGGAGAAGGACAGGCAGAGAAAAGAGGAGAAAGAGCGGCGGAUGAGGGAGGAGAGGUUGGAAGAGGAACGAAUUCGGCGAGAAAGAGAAAGAGACAGAGAAAGAUUCGAGGAAGAGCAACGGAUGAUACGCGAGAAGGAGGAGGCAAAGCUGAGGAAGGCGCAGGCGAUGCGCGAGGUCCUGGAAGCUGCGGAGCGGCUGGCGAAGGAAGAACGGAAGAAUCGGCGGAAGCGAGAGGAGACCACCGACGAGGACACCGACGUAGUGACGCGGUCUUCCAACGAAUCGAACGCGAUCGCGAAUGUGAACGACAAACGCGAAGAACAGAAUUGCUCGCAGGCACAGAAGCAAAGCGCGAACUUGACCAAUUAUCCCGAGGAAAAGUCCGGCCCGAAGGACGCCAAGGAAGCCGACAAUCGAGAAAGCGAGACCGACAAAGAUCCGAGGGAAGUUUGUUCACGGAUAAAUUACGCGGACAAGUCGGAAGAUACCACGCUGGACUUGAACCCGAGGUCUCUCCAGGUUCCCGUGAGCAAGGACGUGGCGAUCGUGCUGAGCGGCCGACUGGAGGAUCCAGAGAUCCUGAGCAGGGCGAAUCUGCAGCUGGUGAAUUUGGUGAUGACGCCAAGCCCGCGCAGAUUCUCGGAGAACGCCGCGGAUUAUCUCUCGCUGGGGCUCAACGCGAUCAUGAGGAAUACUGGAAGUCCUAGAAAUCCGAGGAGGUCCUCGAGGGACACCUCGUCGGUCGUCGUAGAGAACAGACUGUUGACGCCGAGCAAGUACAGAACGCCGGCCGGCCGGGACUUCGGCACGCAGACAGAUGUAGAAUCCGAUGUCCAGGAGCUGCGGGAGAAGCUGCAGGAUCAAUCGAUCGGAGACCAAGGUACCACGAAGGACCGGAAGGACACGACGAACGCCAACCGAAGAAACGUUGACAAUUCGAUAAUAAGCUUGAUGAUCGUAAAGACGCUUUGUCAUGAAAUGUCUGUCGAUCCGCGCGAGGAAAGUACCCAAUCGAGUCCCGGUGAAGAAAUCCCUAUGAAAGCACUUCCGCGAUCCAAAUCGCAGCCCAGAACCACGAUCGAUAGCAGACCGCGAUGGAACGCCAAUCGCCCAGGGACACGAUAUCGAACGCAAAGCGAAAAAGAUCCGCACUAUCAGAGACGAUUGCGAUUAAGAAGGCGACAAAUCGAAUCCAGCGACGAAGGGUCCAGAUCUCCGUCCCCCGACCGGCGGAAAUCAAGUAACGGAAAAUCAAAGAGCCGAAACACCGUCAGGCGUAAGGCAAAACCCGAGAACUACGACGCCGACCUAUCGAUGGACAGUCUGAAUUCCGUUGUGCCUCUGCGGAUCGAUAAAGAUGGGAAAAUUAACAUUGAGGAACGUGCCGAAAAAUUACGGUCGAAAAACGAUGCGAAUCAUGCAAAACGACCGGAUGACGAUAGCUCUAAUGUCUGGUGCGGACAAGAAAUUUUGUCCAAACUAACGUCAUUGAGAAGCGGACUUCUGAUGAAGCAGAUCGAGUGGGAUUCCGAGCGAUGUCUGGUCUCACCCGCUGCAUCCGAAAUUUUUUAAGCGCCUGCAGAAUUUCCUUGCAAUCAGAACACCCUUUUGUUUUUCUUUUCGUUUGCGUAGAAAGUGAGGCCGAAUAGAAUGCGAAAGGGAUCUUGUCGGGGAAUAUUGUUUGUUUCUUCGAGCAAAACAACGAGACGAGCUCAAACUUCUUUCUCGCGUUGCAGAUUUAGAUAAUGG